GCUUGACGUUAUGUAGGUCACACUUAAGAUAACGCAUUUAAUUGUGUUAACAAAAACACACAUAGAAGACGUUGAACCAUCAUUAACUUGUCUACAGUCAAAAAAGAAGGGACAUAUAAUUUAACAGUCAAAUUGAGUCUUCGCUAUGAUUGUCUGUGAAUGUCUUGCGAUCACAUUUGCUUUCUAUUUCCUAAACGAAGUAUCAUGUUUGGAGGAGAUGUCACAGAUCGGGAGACGUGCAGCAACACCGCUGGAAAUUGAAGUUGUCACCGUGGCCGAUUAUAGCUUGUUCAAUAAAUGGUAUGAGCUGUUGGACCAAUCACUUCCUGAGGCAAAAAAGAUAGAAAUUGCAAAACAAAAUCUUACGACAUGGAUCGGUACAAUGGUCCAUACGGCAAACCUCGUAUAUAAAAGACUGGAGGCCCAUGGACUUUUCAUUUCAAUAAAGAUUGUAGACUUACUCAUCAUGACUACAGAGGCAGAUUCCCCUUGGACAGAGACUACAAAGUUCAAGGUCAACGACACGUACUUCAUUGACCCAGAUGUUGUCCAUUCACACUUCAAUCCAAAGUCUAUAGAAUUACAGAAAACCAUACCGCACGACCAUGCCAUGUUACUUACAAGGUACUCUUUGCUUUUCGGGAAAAGUGGCACUCAUAUAUAUUCAGGUAACGCACUCGGUGCCGAGUGUAAGCCAAACAGCCAGUCAAUUGUUGAGGAUAGUGGGCAAAUGGCUACAGCUGAAACAAUUGCACAUGAACUAGGUCACAGUUUAGGUUGCGAGCACGAUGGCACAAACAACACGUGUAAAGUGGGUCUGGGUUAUUGCAUGGAGCGAUCUUAUGUUAAAUAUAACAAGAAUAAAUGGAUAUUCUCGUCAUGCUCCAUUGAUUACAUCCAAGAAUUUGUUAACCGGACAAAUCGACUCCACAAGAACUGCCUAGCAAAAGUCAAUGACAACCACCCUAAACCAGCUCUUGCAUUAGCCUCACAAAAGUGGGUUGGGGAAAUAUAUUCUGUGGAUGAACAGUGUGUCAUUGCCCAAGGAAAAGGCUCCUUUAUGUGCAGGGGAGUUUACAAAGAGAAUUUUACGGAGUUUUGUUUGAAAAUGUGGUGCUACAAUUCGAAGGACGAUCUCUGUUAUAUGCAAGAUGGUGGAGACGGAACGCCGUGCGCUGCUGGGUCUUGGUGUGUGUCUAAUAACUGUGUGAAGGACAGUAGAGCCCCGUCAUCACAUGAUGACAACUGUCCUUUCGGCGAAGCAAAAGAACCGACGUAUAACAACCUUACUUGUACACAAAAUGCUGCAACUCGACCUAAUGAAUGUUUACGACAAAACUUCAAACAUAGAUGUUGUGAUUCUUGUAAAACUGCUCAAACAACGUCAGUGCCGGUUGAUGACCAAUGCAAGGAAUUUUUUGGUCCCGACUCAUACUUGUGCAGGAGUGGGUAUCAAGUAUCAUCUUACGAAAUAAUAUGUGAACACCUUUACUGUUUUGAUACCUCUACAAAUCAUAGCUGCGUAUCUAUAUAUGCUUAUGAUAAAACACCGUGUGGCCACAAAAAGUGGUGCAUAGACAGGAAAUGUGUUCAAGAUUCUAACGCACCAGAUGUGUCCGAUGACUGUCCAGUAGGAGACCGUUACAAUGACUCAUCCGUUUCCUACAGCAAUAUGACAUGCGCAGAGAUAAGACAGCACGACAACAACUGGGCAUGUUACAGCAACUAUACUAAAAGGCAAUGUUGUAAAACAUGUGAAGAUGCCCGAACAAACGUAAAAGGAUGUGAAUAUGGAGACAAACAUAAAUCAUGCAAAGCAUUGAUAGCGUCUGACUCAUCUAGCUGCUAUGAUGGAGAUAAUGCCGAGAUUUGUUGCUCCUCUUGCAGCAAAUACUAUACACCAUCUCAGAAAGGAUGUGAAUAUGGUGACAAACAUAAGUCAUGCAAGGCAUUGAUAGCGUCUGACCCAUCCAGCUGCUAUGAUGGUAAUAAUGCCGAGAUUUGUUGCUCCUCUUGCAGCAAUUACUAUACACCAUCUCAGAAAGGAUGUGAAUAUGGCGACAAAGAUAAGACAUGCAAAACAUAUAUAGAUUCUGACCCUUCUCACUGCUAUCAAAGUGACACUGCAGCUAUAUGCUGUUCCUCUUGCAGCAGAUAUUACACACCAUCCCAAAAUGGCUGUGAAUAUGGCGACAAAGAUGUUACUGGCUGUGCAGACCUCAUUAAAUCUCGGUCUGACGGGUACCAUUGCUACGGAAAUAAUGCUAAAAUUUGUUGUAGAUCAUGUGGACAGUAUCUGAAUGCAUCAAAUUCUGGAUGUGAAUAUGGCGACAAAAGCAAAGAUUGUGCGGCUCUGAUAGCAUCUAAGGCAGAUACAUAUCACUGUUAUGGAAGGAAUGCCGAUGUUUGUUGCGGCUCUUGUGGACAUUACUAUAACCCAUCCCACAUAGGUUGCGAAUAUGGUGAUAAGUUUCAUGGCUGUGUAAGGAGCAAAUGUUCAGAUUAUACAGAUGAAUCCAGAAAGAAUUGCUGUGAAACAUGCAAACCCUCCGUUGAUAUUGUUGGUUAAAUGUACAUCACAUUUGAAACUAAAUAUGUAAAUGAAAUUUUGCCAAUAUCAUUAAAUACAAGGACUUGCUGCAAA